UCGAGUGGAAAGCGGAAACGAAAGACGAUUUCUCUCUUGUACCCACUCCGUGUUCUUUGAUGGUCAAGACUGCCUGUAACGUUAGCAACCACCCAGAACGGGGCGUUUAAACGUUCCAAACGAAAACGGUAACAGCACAUCCAACGCGAACGUUUAGACUUACGUGGAAUAUAACGACGUUGGUAGCACCGCUGACGUUGAUCGUAAAGCUGUUGGGUGAGCAAUGUCACCGGCCCCCAGCUGCGACUGCCCCCACCUGGACUGUGUGGGGGAGAUCACCAAGGAGGAGCUCAUUCACAAAUCUCAUGGCCAAUGUCAAGACUGUAAAGUUGGGGGACCAAAUUUGUGGGCUUGUUUGGAGAAUGGCUGUGCAUACGUUGGCUGCGGAGAGUCCCACGUGGAUCACAGCACCGGACACUCGCAGGAGAGCAGCCACAACCUGACGGUCAACCUGACCACCCUGCGAGUGUGGUGUUAUGCCUGUGGCAAGGAGGUCUUCUUGGAGCGUAAACUAGUCCCUCAGCCCCCGCAGUCUAACAGCAAGCCUCUGGCCUCCUCCCAGCAGGGUAACAAUAAAGCCUCUUCUCCUGCGAGCCCCACCUCUCUCCGCGUGACGCCCAACAGUGUUUGCGAAGAUCUGGACAUGGAGACGGAGGAAGAAGAUGACAUGCGUGCUCGUGGCUUGACCGGACUGAAGAACAUCGGCAACUCGUGCUACAUGAAUGCCGCUCUUCAAGCCCUGUCCAACUGCCCGCCGUUGACACAGUUCUUCUUGGAGUGUGGCGGUUUGGUGAGAACGGACAAGAAGCCGGCGCUCUGCAAGAGCUACCAGAAACUUGUGUCUGACCUGUGGCAUAAGAACAGACCAUCCUACGUGGUGCCGACUAAUCUGUUCCAGGGAAUCAAAUCCAUCAACCCAAUGUUCCGAGGAUACUCUCAACAGGACUCACAGGAGUUUCUGCGCUGCCUGAUGGACCAGCUGCACGAAGAGCUGAAGGAGAUGCUGCCCGAGCCGUACGAGCCGUCUGGCGGCGGCGGCGGCACGGUGGAAGGCGGCCCGUCCAGGGAAGAUAACCACAACCAGUCGGACAGCGACUUUCAGUCCUGCGAGUCGUGCGGGUGCAGCGAUCGGGCCGACGGCGAAGCAGCGCACGCGGGCGCGCCCGCUGUCGUCGUCGACAACGAGGCGGAGAUGCUGAUUCCCGAGCAGGACGACCUUCAGGCCAACAGGGAGUGGCAGAAGGAGAAGAACAUGAUUAACGACAUCUACCGCAGCGGGGAGAACGCAGUGGCGGACAUGGACAAAGAGGUGGACACCACCACUGAGACCACGCCCAUUAUCAGCAGUCAGGGACACAUUAAGACGCAAAGCAGGACAUCGGAGUCUUUUCCAGACAUCCAAAUGUCCAACCUCACAAGACCACAAAGUCCAGUCCCUAUGGAGGGCCACAAAAUGUCCAGCAGCCCGCCCAAAACUUCCUCUGUGUGGCCCAGUCUCAACAAUGCACAUAAGAAAGCUCACUCAUUCUUAUGGCGUGUGUCCUCUCGCCGCCUGUCCGCAGCGAUGAGCACGUUCUCCCCGGCCAAGACCAAGUGCCAAAGGAGGUACCGCAGCGUCAUCUCGGACGUGUUUGACGGGACUAUUGUGAGCUCGGUGCAGUGCCUCACCUGCGAUCGGGUGUCGGUCACGCUGGAGAACUUCCAGGACAUCUCCUUACCCAUCCCGGGGAAAGAAGACCUGGCCAAACUGCACUCUGCUACCCACCAGACAUCCUUGGUGAAAGCCGCCGGCUCUUGCGGGGAAGCGUACGCGCCGCAGGGCUGGAUUGCAUUUGUCAUGGAAUACAUCAAGAGCUGGUUCUGGGGUCCGGUGGUCACGCUACAAGAUUGCCUCGCCGCUUUCUUUGCCAGGGAUGAGCUGAAAGGCGACAACAUGUACAGCUGCGAAAAAUGCAAGAAGUUACGAAAUGGAGUCAAGUUUUGCAAAAUGCAAAGUUUGCCAGAGAUUCUGUGUAUCCACCUGAAACGCUUCAGGCAUGAGCUGAUGUUCUCCACCAAAAUCGGAACCCACGUCUCCUUUCCUUUGGAGGGUCUGGACUUGCAGCCCUUCUUAGCCAAGGACAGCUCCACGCAGACUGCCAACUACGACCUGCUGUCAGUCAUCUGCCACCACGGCACCGCCAGCAGUGGCCACUACAUUGCAUACUGCAGGAACGACAUCAACAAUCUCUGGUAUGAGUUUGAUGACCAAAGCGUGACUGAGGUGUCAGAGUCUUGCGUUCAGAACGCUGAGGCUUAUGUGCUCUUCUACAAGAAGAGCAACGAGGACGCCGUGAAGGAGCGAAAUCGGGUGUCGAGCUUGCUCAACAUGAUGGAGCCCAGCCUACUGCAGUUCUACAUUUCCCGCCAAUGGCUCAACAAGUUCAAGACCUUCGCUGAGCCGGGGCCCAUUUCCAAUGACGAUUUCCUCUGCUCGCACGGGGGUGUUCCGCCCAACAAAGCGGCCUACAUUGAAGAGCUGGCUGUAAUGGUCCCACAGAAGGUGUGGGACCACCUGUACGGCAGGUACGGGGGAGGACCCGCCGUCAAUCACCUGUACGUCUGCAACACGUGUCAGAUUGAGGUGGAGAAGCUGGAGAAGCGGCGCAAGUCAGAGCUGGACAUGUUUGUCCGACUGAACAAGGCCUUCCAGGAUGAGGAGUCUCCGGUGGUCAUAUACUGCAUCAGCAUGCAGUGGUUCCGCGAGUGGGAGGGUUUUGUCAAAGGGAAAGACAACAAUCCACCAGGACCCAUUGAGAAUUCCAAGAUAGCAGUGAACAAGACUGGCCAUUUAACUCUCAAACCAGGCGCCGACUCGGGCCAGAUCUCCGAGGAGACGUGGAACUUCCUGCACGCCAUCUACGGCGGCGGACCGCUGGUGACCGUGCGGCCCAGUGUGGUUGCCGGCCACCAGGAAGCAGACGCCUCGCACCAGUCAGAGGAAAAGAUCGAGGUGGAGACGCGCUCGCUUUAAAAAAAAAAAAAAAAAAAAAAAAAAAAGCAGACAGAGAAUGAGCAAACAAGAUAAAAUCAACAAGGCCUUUUUUUUUUUUUGCACUUGGAUUGGAAACACAUUCAGGCAAAAAAAAAAAAAAAAAAGACGCCAACAUUAUCUGCUUAUGCGACAGUCUGCUCCGAAAAGGGAAUCCAAACUUUGUCGUAUUGUACAAAUGUGUAUAUGUUUCUAUUAGCACUGCAGUUGUCUCGUGUCACUAUUUUAAAUGUGUGCGGCUAGAUAACAACCACAAAAAAAAAAAAAAAAAUGACACGGAAUGCCAUUUUAUUUUGACCAAAUGAGCACAUGUAGCAAGUGUUCAUGACACUUGUACUAUAGCACUUCCACCGACGGACAUCUUAAGGUUAUGAAGGGACAGACGAGUCUCAGGAAUUCAUUGUCGAGUGUUUUGUGGUACAGAGCAGCGCUUCUCAACUGGCCUGGUGGCUUCUUUUCUCUUGAAAUUGUCAUCAUUCGAUAGCAUUCCAUGCCUCACUUUGCCCCACUCUCAUGAGGUAGACAGAAGAGCUGCGCCCAUCUGUUUUGGAUACCUGCUUCGGAUUUGAAUGAAUUCACAAGUGAGGUUUUGGCAAGUACUUGCCCUGGUAACAAGCCCAAUUGGCAGAGUCCCCUGUCCGAUUCCGGGAAUGUGUCCUUGCGAAUUCUGCUUGCGGGAAAACUGGCUUGGGCAGGCUCAAUUUAAAAAAAAAAGAAAAGCACCCCUUUUCAUGGGGAUCAAAAUAGUCACAAAAAAAAAAGCUGUAUUCCGUGUCGCCCUCUUGUCUUUAGAUUUGGGCAAAUUACUGAGUAGACAUUCGUACCUGAGAGCCCAAGAAUCUAUCCAAAAUCUCUUGCCAAUUGAGCUCACCACAACUGUCGCUAACCAAAACAGCAGCACCAAACGACAACCGUGUCGUUUACGUAGCCUUUUGCUUCCACCGGUUGAGAAUCGCUGUUUUGACGCACAAAGGGGCAUGCGGAUGUUUGAAUGUAAUAAUGGUGUAUGUCGGUUAAGAUUCAGCACUUGCUUAUUUAUCACGGACAAGAAUGUUAGUUGUUUUCUUUUGUAUAUACAUCGUGAAAUACGAAUGCAUGCUUUUAACAUUGAAAUCUCACAACUCCUAACUGUGCACGAGCUAUCCUAGCUAGACACAACACCGCAGUAUAGUAAGUAGUAAUCGGCAGCAUUAAUCGAGGACAUUGUUUUGCAUAUCGGAUGCCGUAUGUGUUAACCGAUGGACCGUUAGUCAGUAAGACCAAUUCGGAUUUUCUUUUUUGAUGCCUCGCACAAUAAAAGAAAAAACAAAACAUGGAUGAAAUCCUGA